CCGAAACUCACCGUUUGGUGCCCCUUGUUAAAGAAACAAAUUAAAAUUUCCCCUUCAUUUUUUCCGUUUCCUCUCUCUCCCAUCGCCUCCUAACUCUCUCCUUCUUUCUCUUAAACUCAGUCAACGCUGCCCCGAUCCAACGGCCGCCGUCACCUUCCGCACCACAUUCUUCUCUUCAAAUCAAAACCUGAAAAUUUGUUUUACAAAAAGACUAAAGAAACAAGCUAGUUUUAUUUAAUUUUAAUUCUUUGUUUGUUCUCUUUUUUAUUUGAUUUUCAAAAUCAAAAUGGCAACAGCAGCGGCAACAACGACAACAACAACAACAAUUUCUCAGCUGUCUUGUUUCUCUUCAAUCAACCGGAAAUUACAGCUCUAUCAUCGAUCAAGUUUUCGUCCAUUUUCUCGUCCCAAGUCAUUUGUUGUAAUGAGCGUUGAUGGGCGUGGUGCAGAAGCUACUGGUUCCAAACUUAAAACCACACCAAGUUAUGUGGCCGGGGAAUCAAAACCAUUUAUAGAAGAGGUGCCUAAGUCAUACCCAAAUGCAGAAGGGCAUUUUCCUGAAAAUACAAGUGAGCCAGUAGAGGAAAAUGGUAUCAUCCAACCGAAAAGGGCAGCAAAAAUUCAUGAUUUCUGUUUCGGCAUUCCUUAUGGUGGUCUUGUUCUAAGUGGGGGGCUUGUUGGUUUUGUAUUUUCAAGAAAUCCUACUACCUUACUCUUUGGAGGUGCUCUGCUAGCCCUUAGCACCUUCAGCUUGAGGAUAUGGAGGCAAGGAAAAUCAAGUUUACCAUUCAUACUCGGACAAGCAGCACUAGCAGCAGUCCUGUUCUGGAAGAACUUUCAGACUUAUUCAUUGUCAAAGAAGCUAUUUCCAAAUGCGUUUUAUGCUGUCUUAAGUGCUGCAAUGUUGUUAUUCUACUCAUAUGUGGUGAUCUCUGGAGGGAACCCACCUCCAAAGAAGUUGAAGCUAUCUGGCAGUCACCAAUCAUGAUGAGACUGCUUAAAGGCCGUCUUAAUAAUAUGAAUGUUGGGGCCCUUGUAUGAUGUUGUAUUUUGACUUGAACCAGAUUUCAGGUGAAUGAGCAUUGUUUGUUUAUCUAUGCAAACUGCUGGUUAGCUACAAGUUGAGAAUCCAACCGAAAAAACAAGCUAGAAGUUGAGAACACGUAUUAGGCUAUAUAAUGGGAGGUAGCCUUCUCUUUUCAUAUAUUUUCUGAGAAUUUGACCAUAUAUUGUUUUCUAUGGUUUGUGGGAAGUGACAUUAAUGGCAAUUUACUGUGAAAAAUAGAAAUGUUUUCUUAUAGCAAUAAUGCUACAGCUGACUAAAUGAAUGGUUUAGCCAAAUUUGAUAUGCAUCACCUUUUUUUUGUUUUUUUGGGUUCAAUGAACUCGCUGAAAUUUUCUAAGCUUGUUCAUUGACCAACUUUUUUCUAGUCAGACUAGGGGUUAGAUGUCCCAGCCUGAUUAUUUUUUGAAUUCUCUUUUCUUCGGUUGAGCCAAGGCUGGUGAUUGUGAUUGUGUUCUUAUACCAAGCUUAAUACCUGCUGAUUCGAUUUUA